CCCAUUUCCCCUCUACUAUUACUACAUAGUUAAGCUUGAUUAGCCCAAGAAACAUUUCCCCCUUCUCUCCUCUCCAGCUAGCCUCUCACUUAUCAUCAACAAAAACUAUUUUGGAUCUUAAUUCGAUCGAUCGAAAGAAAAGAUUUAAUUAUUGUAUGAUAGCUAGCUUGAGGUAGCUAGCUAGACUUUUGCUUGGUUAGUUUCGAUUUGGUCUUCCGGUGAAGAGAUCGAUCGAUCGAUGGGGUCGUCGUCGACGACGAACACGUCGGACGGCGCCGUGAAGCCGGCGUCGUCGGCGUCGUCAGCGUGCCCGAGAGGCCACUGGCGGCCCGGGGAGGACGAGAAGCUCCGGCAGCUGGUGGAGAAGUAUGGGCCGCAGAACUGGAACUCCAUAGCCGAGAAGCUGGAGGGAAGAUCAGGGAAGAGCUGUCGUCUCCGGUGGUUCAACCAGCUGGACCCGAGGAUCAACAAGCGGCCGUUCACGGAGGAGGAGGAGGAGCGCCUGCUGGCGGCGCACCGCCACCACGGCAACAAGUGGGCGCUCAUCGCCCGCCACUUCCCCGGCCGCACCGACAACGCCGUCAAGAACCACUGGCACGUCGUCCGCGCCCGCCGCUCCCGCGAGCGCUCCAGGCUCCUCGCCAGGGCCGCCGCCGCCUCCUCCUCGUCUCACCCCUACGCCGCCGCCGCCGGCGCCAGCCAGCUUGACUUCGGCGGCGGCGCGUCGUCGUCGGCCGCCCGCGGCUCGCUCUGCUUCGGCUUCGGCGGCGGCAACGGCUUUUCGUCGCUGCUGAUCAACACGUCGUCUUCUUCUUCCCCGGCGCCGUUCUUCAAGCCAUUCACCGGCGCGAGCUUCGAGGCGCCCAUGUACGGCGGCGGCAAGCAGAUGAAGACGCUGCCGCCGACCGCAGCCGUGGCGCCGCAGCCGCCGCCGCCGUCUCUCUCCACCAUCACCUUCGCCUCCCCUCCCAAAAGAGAGGCAGCGCUGGAGCUGAUGGCGGAUCGCCGCCGCGACAACGGCGACGAUGGCGACGUGCCGCCGCCGUUCAUCGACUUCCUCGGCGUCGGCGUGUAGUCUUGUUAGAGAAGAAGAAGAAGAAGAUCAAAUUAAUUUGUUGUUACUUAAUCCAUCAUUAGUAGGUGUUGCUGCAUCAUUUGCAUGUUAAUUGCGUCGUAUGCAUGCACUAGAGACUAGCUAGGGUCAGUGCUGAUGGAUGGAUCGAUCAAAAGAGCGGAUCGAUGAACAUAACAUACCCUCCUUUAGAACUUUGCCAAAUAAGGUUUAAUUCCCUAAGAGGUGAAUCCAUUAAUUAAUUAAUUAAUUACCUGC